AUGAAAAGAAUCCCCUUUAAACCAAAGCUGCUUACUAUUACCUCUUUCUUAGCUGUAUGCGUUGGUGUGUACAUACUUGGCGUCGCAUAUUCUCUCUUUCGUGAACCCAUGAACAACAAUUCUUUAUUUAUCGUGCUGAAUCAGAGAGAUGACACGCCAGAUCAAUGUGAGAAUGUUAAUCUUAUGUAUUAUGAUGAGGAACAAAACAAUGAAAACAUUAAAGAUUUAAAAGAAUGCAAAGGUUCUGACAAAAACUUUGAAAAAGUGUUAAGGAAAAAUAUGCAGAAAGUAGACAAUUAUCUAUUUAAUGAUUCAAAUAAGUUGUUAAAAUGCUUACAAUUAGACAGAGAGGGAAUCAUUAAACUAUCAACACCAAGAAGGAGCAAAGAAUUGCUUCCUAUAUUUGUGACGGCUCUGUCUGAUAAUCAUUUUCAAGAAUUCAUACAACUUAUCAACAGUCUUAAAAUAUAUCAAGAAACAAAGCACCCACAGUUAAUGAUCUUUGUGUACGACAUAGGGUUAUCGAAAGAAAAUUCAAAACUGGUACGGCAAAUGUGCAAUUGCAAGGUUAGAGCAUUUCCAUUCAAUACCUUCCCUAAACACGUGAAAAAUUUACUUGGAUAUACGUGGAAACCGAUCAUCAUCCAAAUGAUGCUUCAAGAAUUUGAUUUUGUGAUGUGGCUGGAUACUUCAGUAAGAUUAGGAAAUACAGACCCAUAUUUUAUUAAAGCGAAAUGCCUCGGAAUUCAGGUUUUAGAGGGCUCCGGUUCAAUUGCUGUCAGAACUCAAACGCGGCAUUUUGAGCAUUUUAAGGAGGAUCAGUGCAUGUUUAAUUAUCCUGAAAUACAAGCUGGGAUGGUGAUUAUCUCCCGCACAUACUUUACACUUAAUUAUAUAAUGCGGCCAUGGGUGCACUGUGCUCUUGAAUAUGGAUGCAUGGACUUUCCGAAUGCGGAACUUUAUAUAAACUGCACCAAAAGGUGGAUUCCUUCGGAUUGUCACAGGUUUGACCAAUCAACUCUCGGUGUUAUUAUGACCAGACUAUUCAACAAAAGAAGACACCACUUUGUCGUAAAAGAAGAUUUUGCAAAAGUCCUACGACAUGAAACCGAAAGCUCUCAAAGCCAAAACAUCUCUUAAUAAUUGAUAAUUUCGUCUCACCCAUAAUUUUCCUGCAUGUUUUCCGUUUGUUUGUGUUGUGUGCUGUUCAAUUUUUCAGUGCAUAUGACAAAAUUAGUUACAUGACUUGUUUUAAUUAGUAUUGCCUGUUCGUUACCAUAAUUGUCUGUUAAAGUUUAAACGUAUCAAGCGAC